AGCAAAGGAGAAUAGAAUAUGUUGUUUUCUCAUCACAUCGAAUUCUCAUUAUAUAACCAAUUGUAGUCGGCGUCUGCUUUUCCAAUUGUCGAAUAGCAAGCCUUCUUCCUCGCUUCGAACAUAAUUGGUUAGAUUUGCUUGCCAUUGGGUUGAAUCUCGAGUAGUCAUUUAAGAUGCUGUUAGGAAUGACUCAGAAGAAGCAAGGAAUAUCAUAAUGCCAUGAUGUCAUUCUAAUUUCCCCAAUGCGGUCCGCGGAGUGGAGUUUAACGAAUAUGUCAGUAUUGGCCAUUGAGAAAUUAAUCUGAUGUCUCUAUAUCUAUUAUAUUCGAAUAUUAGGAGUUGAGUAUUUAGUGUAUUUAACAGAACAAGUUUGGCUAUACACCAUCAAGAGUCGAAUCGUAUCAUACGAACGUACAGAAUAUGUUCUGUAAUAUAGGGCUGAUGACUAAUUCGAUCGAGAUUACAUUGCGGGGAUCGCGAGACCCUGACCAGGCAGCCAGGCACGACGGCUUCGGCCCGCUGACUCAACUAAACCUCGUCAUACCACUCCAUUAACGGACAUCUUUCUCAAGCCCCUGAAAUACUUGUUUACGCGUUGUGUACUGGAGAAAUUUAAGGAUCGUUUUUCCUGUAAACAUUUCAAAUACAAAUACCACGUAUAUCAACUAUCCAUCUCAUCUAUUCCUUCAUUUCCGGCCAUCGUCUUACGUCCGGGGUAAGAUCAAAAAGGAAAUGCACUAUGGAAGCCCGUUGCCAAUGCGGUGCCGUCUCGUUUAAGACACCCCUGGACAAGCCGCUCGCGCUGUAUAUCUGCCACUGUGCCGAGUGUCGUCGCCAAACCAGCUCUGCUUUCGGCACAUCUGCUAUCUUCCCCCGGUUUCCGCUGCCGCAGGCUGAGUUACUAUCUUGUUAUACUCGACCAACACAUACCGGUCAUUCGUUAUAUUGUUAUUUCUGCCGCAACUGCGGGACAAGACUUAUCCACAGCACGCCAGGCAAAAAUGUCGUCUCCGUUAAAGGAGGGUGCCUAGAGGGGCUCGAUUGGUCCCGUGCCAUCCAUAUCUGGACCAAAUCCGCCAUGGUCCCCAUUCCCGAGGGCUCGGAGGCCUUUUCGGAAGAACCUUCAGAAUCCGAUUAUAGCAUUUCUCAGGAGUCUCUGGACCAACCUCCUGACGCCCCUGGGCUGCUCGUGGGGAAUGGGGGCUGGCCCGCGCAAGAAAACAUAGCGGGGAAUACUCCGAGCACAGGCUACGUGCACGGCGCCUGCGAGUUAAGCGGUAAACUGAACGAGGUAUGAGUCGUUAACCGGCCCCCUGCUUCAUUAUCAACAUCGCUGGUCUUGAUGAUCCGGUGGUGUCGAGUCUGAGGUUGACGGUAACGGGUAAACAUGUCCGAGAUACGAGGGGCGUAAAUUAGCGAGUUAGGAUUAUAAACAUUUGAUAAGUUUUCUUCCAAUAUAAACAGGAUACCCAAACUAUAUCGUUUUGAACUAUUUUCCAACGGCCUAUAUCUCUUCUGAUCUUCUGAGAUGAUCGUCUCUUGCCGCCGCAGGCUGUUGAUCUUUCGUGAUAUCUGAAUGUUUCGCCGGGUCAAACACAUACAUCGGAA